GCGCCUGGGUCGCAUCUCCGUCUCUCUCUUUCAUUUCUCUGCCAUCCCUCUGCACUCUCCCCAGCUCCUCUGUUUGUCAUUCUGCAGCUGAAACCCUGUAAGAAAAUUCCCAGAGCUCGGCAUCAGAGGAAGGACACGGGAGCAGGAGAGACCGCGGCGGGGGAAUAAUUUGGGGAUCCCUCAAAGAACUGAGGAGUCUUUUGUUCUUUUCAUGCUUUUGAUGAUUGACCUGUUCUGCUGCCUGUCGUCUACAAGGAAAGACUUUAAAUGGAAGACUUGAUGUGAGAGUAGAAAACAGAGCAAAAGCUUCUGCAGCAUUAUUUUGCCUCACAGAACAAAGUGAUGCAAAUGGAGACACAGCGUUUGGAAGUGAGCACCUGAAGACUUAAUCUCCAAGAAAAGAACUGCGAAAGAAAGAGACAGGAGAAGCUGAACACAGACUUUGAAUAAAAGAGGACGAGAAUCAAGAAAAAAAGAACGCUCUUUGAGACUUCAGGCUUCCCUGCUGGUCUCUGUCUCCUCUCCUUCUGUCCCAUCUGUACCUUCCUCUGCGUCUCGGGCUCUGCUCCCGCCACUGAAGCUCAGCCAUGCAGGUGUCCAUCGCCUGCACGGACCACAACCUGAAGAGGGGGAAUGGGGACCACAGCAAGCAGAGCGCCACCAGCCCCAACGUGGUCAACCAAGCCCGGGCCAAGUUCCGCACCGUGGCCAUCAUCGCUCGCAGCUUCGGCUCCUUCACGCCACGCCACAUUUCACUCAAGGAGUCCACGGGGAAACACACGGGCAUGAAGUACAGGAACCUUGGGAAGUCAGGACUGAGAGUAUCUUGCUUAGGACUUGGUACAUGGGUGACAUUUGGGGGACAGAUAACAGACGAGGUUGCAGAGCAGCUAAUGACUAUUGCCUACGAGAGUGGAGUCAACCUGUUCGACACAGCUGAGGUCUACGCAGGCGGCAGGGCGGAAGUCAUUCUAGGAACCAUCAUCAAGAAGAAAUGCUGGAGGCGAUCCAGCUUGGUCAUCACAACUAAACUCUACUGGGGAGGAAAAGCAGAGACAGAGAGAGGGCUGUCCAGGAAACACAUUAUUGAAGGUCUUAAAGGCUCUCUACAGAGGAUGCAGUUGGAGUAUGUAGAUGUAGUUUUUGCCAACCGCCCUGACAGCAAUACUCCCAUGGAGGAGAUUGUUCGGGCCAUGACCUAUGUGAUCAACCAAGGCAUGGCGAUGUACUGGGGGACAUCUCGGUGGACGGCCAUGGAGAUUAUGGAGGCGUAUUCGGUGGCAAGACAGUUUAAUCUGAUCCCUCCAGUGUGUGAGCAGGCGGAGUAUCAUCUCUUCCAGAGGGAGAAAGUAGAAGUGCAACUUCCUGAACUUUACCACAAGAUAGGAGUUGGGGCGAUGACGUGGUCACCGCUGGCAUGCGGCAUCAUCACAGGGAAAUAUGAAAAUGGCAUUCCUGAAUCUUCCAGGGCCUCCAUGAAGUCGUAUCAGUGGUUGAAGGAGAAAAUAGUAAGUGAGGAUGGAAGGAAGCAGCAAGCCAAGCUGAAGGAGCUCAACCAUAUUGCCGAGAAGCUGGGCUGCACUCUGCCUCAACUGGCUGUGGCGUGGUGUUUAAGAAACGAAGGAGUGAGCUCAGUUCUUCUGGGAACAUCCAACCCUGAACAGCUCACUGAGAACCUCGGGGCCAUACAGGUCCUUCCUAAGAUGACGUCUCAUGUCGUGUCUGAAAUCGACCACAUCCUGGGAAACAGGCCGUACAGUAAGAAGGACUACCGCUCUUAGGCCAGGCUGGUGGACUACCGAAAGGUCAGCCUACCUACUCACCUACCAACUAAACCACACUGCUACCAUGGGCCCACCGUUCAAUGUUUAAGUCCAUGGUUCUCUCCUUGGGCCCCACUCAGCUCCAGCUCCAGCGAACUUCAGCCUGGAACAGACAGCCUUGCUAAGCCCAGCAUUGUCCUGCUCAGAUCAGCUCUACCAAGUUCAUCUCAGGUCCAAUCCAGCUCAGCCAAGAGACGCUCAACAAACUCAGCUUUUUGCAGCCUUAAACGCAACUUAGUCCAUCUAAGUGAAUCAAAACUUUGUGCCCCCAACCAAGGUGGUAACUCUAUCAGCACUGGUCCAUUCAAAUAUAACUAUGCAGAGCUUAGUCCUACCCAUGCCCACAUAGAGCACUAUGUCUCAGUUCAACUCCAUCAGGGGCCUCAUCAAGAAAUUAAAUUCAUUGAAUUGAUUUUUCCCCUCACUUCUAUAACAUGGCAAGAACAAUGAUACACAUACAGACACCCUUACAGUUGGAAUUUAAAAAAUACAGCAUGAAAAGCACUGCAGGAGUAUUACAAGUCAAAGUGCCUUGCUCAAGGGCACCUUGAUUGCUGAGCGAAACGGUUGUUACUUAUUCACUUUUCCUACCUACAUCCUCCCGAUGACUCAGACCCUCAGGUCUCAAGCCUUUCCUCUUUAAUGUCCAGACUUCCACCCACAGGUAAUUUAAUUUGAGCACAAAAUUCAAACUGAGCACAUAUUUUAUUCAUGAGAAUCGCUGUACCACUAGCUGAAUACAUCAAUACAAGCACCUCAGACUUAUAAAUUAGACGUACCUUAGGAAAGCAGACAUGACGAAGCUUUAGUUGCAUGAACACCCCCGGUCAGUUAGUCAGCGCUUUCAUUCAAUUGCUAUGCAGUGCAGCGAACAAAAUGACCAGAUGAGCUCAAUACCCUCACCUCUCGUGUCAAGGGUACACGCUCAAGUCGUCGGAUAAAGUGUCUUUUCCAAUGAAAAGUGAGGUUUGAUAAAGAUCAUAUAUACUUCUCUGGAAAAAAAAGAAGCUUUACAAACAAGACCUCAACGAACCAAUUCCUUAUUAGCUUGAAUUCGCUUCAGACUACCUACCAAAUGUACUCAGCCCUGUAUUACGUAUAGCACAGAAUAGUAUUCAGUAGAUAUUAUAGGCUGCAAAUCCUGAGUGUAUUAACCAACAGGUGCAUGUUUCUCCUGCUAUAGUGUGCCUCUCUUUACUUUUCUACAAAGCACAUAAUGAAACAACAGAAACGAGUCCUGCAAGCUAGUCUCCUGUCCGUGACCGCCUGUGAAGCAAAGGAUUGUGGAUCAAUAGUGUCAGCGGGAUGGGGCUCUGUUGGGGGAGAGAGUGAAGCAUGUCGCCCUCGUGUGGUGUUUUACAGGAACUGCUGCUCUGCUUCAGUAGAUUAUAGAAGAGAGAAAUAAUGCUUUGCAAAAAGCGGACUAAUUUUCUCUCUGUUUGCAUUCAUUAUGGAGACAUUUGACUCCUUUUCUGCCUGUGAACUGAACCUUCGUUCCCGAUUGCCUCGAUGAAUCUUGCAGUAAAGGACUUAGGCAUAUAACAAAUCUACGUGAUGAAGGAUGACGAACCUCCUGGCUGGUAAUGGUUAUUAUUACAGCAAAAAUUGCUUGUUAAUGGCACAAGAAGGCAAAGAGGCAAAGUGGGAUGUGGCAAAGAUUACAGUAUAGUACAUUAUUUAUUCUAGAGUAGUAGAUAUAAAUUUAUUUUGACAUUUUGAGAUAUUGUUUGGAGAAUUAUGGGGAUGUACAUAAAAUGUUAAGGCAUACCUUGUAACAUAAGCAAAACCAUGAAGAAGCCUCUCAUGCGUAUGAGGACUUCACAGUACUGUAUGGCUAAUAUAUAAAUAAGAUGUAAAUAGAGUUAUUUUAUUGCUCCUCUGCAGAGUCACUGCAUUAGUCGCAGUGUUCGAGUCACUCUUCAUCCCAUCAUCCUCACAGAAAACAUUUCUGGCUCCUGAAGGACAUUUCAUAUAAGUGUUAUAAAUAUUUAUAAGGAGUAAGAGUCAAUUUUCUUUGUUGCAUCGUGAAGUCAGAUUAGGAAAACUGUAUUAAUAAUGGCAUUAUUUAAAGACGGAGCUUCUGUAAGUAAUGAGCUUCUGUUUAAACUUAAGCACUGACCUUGAGUCAUUAUCUCUGAGCAGGUGGCUCAGCUCUCACUGUUCACUUCACCUUCAUGCGUUGUUGUUCUGGUUCUUUUUCAUCUGGAAAACAAGCCAUCACAGAGAUCAGCAGAAAUGUUGGCCCGGUUCCAGUCGAGUCACUGUCUUGUACUCAGUGUACAUUUGUUGAGUUGUAGCACAAACACCCUCCAGAUUUUAAUCAAAGGAAAGUUCAGCACAUGUACACUCCUGCCAGAAAUUCUGUCACACAUAUUGGAGCGACGCAUCAAUACACAGUGUUUGGCUCACGGUUUAUUUUGAGAGGUCUGGCCUUGGAUGAUGAAUAGACCUUCUUAUAACUAUCUGCAUCGACUUGGUGUUACAUACAGAGAAGUGUGACCUGACCUCCAAUUUGUCAUCACUGAGAUGCAAAAGCCAAGCAAUUUACUAACAAAAUAAAACAUCCAGAAACCCAAUUUUUCCUUUGCUCUUUUCCCCUAAAAGACACAUUUCCUACACCCAUCUGACUCUGCUUAUCAAAACGUGGAUGAUAAAUGUAUACUAAAAUAGUAAUUGAUGUACAGACUGUAACCCCUGGUGGCAAAAUGUGUAAUGUGUACUAACAUGUACCUGUAGUUUGACUGCAAGUCAACGAGCUGCCUGCCAGUUUAAGUCAGUGACUAUUUUGGACCGCGGCGUGCCGGUGUGUGUCGAGACUUCUCCACCCGAUAGAGUGCCUUGUCUUGAGUCCCUCUACAGGAAAAAAUAAUCAGGGAUGUCUUUCAUUACGAGAUGUUAAAUGGUGUUCGGAUGCUGUCCUGCAAACAAAGUGAGAAUUCAACAAUGUGUAUGCAUUUUCUUUUAGUAUUAGAUUCCCUAAUCUAUAGCGUGUUUUACCUGUUCCCUGAUGAGGACAGAAAACUUUGCGGUCAAACCCUCACAAGUGUUUGUGUAGAGGUAACCUUCAGAAAUCCGACUCAAAAUUAAGUAUACAAUUCCUAGAAUUGCCAUUCUUGGCUGGUCAGUCCUACCCUACAGCUUGUUACACUGUGUGGUAAUGGCCUUAUUCCAUGUUGGCCUCUAUUUAAGAUGUUUCCCCAAAAGUUAAGUCACGCAGAGGUAAAUGUGAUCGUCUUUAAUACGGUUUUACCGAUGCAGCAGGAAUCAGUAGCUUCUCCUUCUUCCAACCGUUUGCCUCAUGAUGCACCUGUUUGUUUUCAGAAGUCUUUACCAGUUCAACAGAAGGAAACAAGCAAUGCAUUAUUUCCUAUGGAGACCAAUGAAUGGAAUUUAAUGUAUUGAUACACAGAUAAUUUAGGGAAACUGGCCUAAAUAUGACAGCAUUGCCUGGAUGAAAAGUAACAGCCAUCUUCAACAAGUUCACACUCUGGGAAACAGGUCUGAAGGCCAAAGUGGAAUAAACUAUUAACAGUUAAGCUGUGGCUAAAUUCUC